UCUGUUUUCAGGAAGUGAAACUCAUAGCCACUGUGGUUGAGAGCAGCAAUGGAGCAGAAUCAGUUGGACCGAGAAACUUUCUCCUGUUCGAUCUGUUUGGAUCUCCUGAAGGAUCCGGUGACUACUACCUGUGGACACAGCUACUGUAUGAACUGUAUUAAAGGUUACUGGGAUAAAGAGGAUCAGAAAAGAAUCCACAGCUGCCCUCAGUGCAGGAAGACAUUCACACCAAGGCCUGUUCUGCAGAAGAGCACCAUGCUAGCAGCUUUAGUGGAGCAGCUGCAGAAGACCGGACUCCAAGCUGCUGCUGCUGAUCACUGCUAUGCUGGACCUGAAGAUGUGGCCUGUAAUUUCUGCACUGGAAGAAAACUGAAAGCCAUCAAGUCCUGUUUAUUCUGUUUGGUCUCUUACUGUGAGAAACACCUUCAGCCUCAUUAUGAAGUGGCUCAUUUAAAGAAACACAAGCUGGUGGAGCCGUCCAAGAACCUCCAGGAGAACAUCUGCUCUACGCAUGAUGAGGUGAAGAAGAUGUUCUGCCGCACUGAUCAGAAGUGUGUCUGUGCUUUCUGUUUACUGGAGGAACAUAGAGGGCAUGACACAGUGUCAGCUGCAGCAGAAAGAGCUGAGAGGCAGAGAGAGCUGGAGGAGAGACGAGGAAACAUCCAGCAGAGAAUCCAGAACAGAGGGAAAGAUGUGAAAGAGGAAAAAGAAAAAGUUCUGUUCAUAAAUCGCUCUGCUAAAAAAUCAGUUGAAGCGUGUGAAAAGAUUUGUACUGAACUAAUCCGUCAGAUCAAGAAAAAAAGCUCUGAUGUGAAGAAGUACAUAGAAGCAAAGCAGAAAACUGAAGUCUGUGAAGCUGAAAAAAAACAGAAGGAGUUCAAGAAAGAGAUCACUGAGCUGAAGAGGGAAGACGCCGAACUGGAGAAGCUCUCACACACAGAGGACGACAUCCAGUUUCUGAAAAAAUAUAUUCCAGAACCAGAACCCUCUGAUUCUAGCUCUGAUUCUGGCUCUGGUUCUGGCUCUGGUUCUGGCUCCGGUUCUGGUUCCGGCUCUGGUUCCGAUUCUGAUUCCGGUUCUGAACCAGAACCAUUUUGUUCUGGUUCUGAAGCCAGAACCAGCACGAGAGGUCCUGCAACCAGAAGUUCUGGUAUUGGAACCAGAGAUUCUCCCUGCUUCAGAAUGCCUUGUAUUCCCCCACCAUGGUGUCUUGAUAAAAUUAAAGCAGCUGUCUCAGAGGCUGAGAGUACGAUUGAGGAAAUAGUGGGCAAUAGGUGGAUGGAUAUUUCCCUGGUGGAGAUUGGUUCAGGGGCUUCAUCAUCAACUCCCACAGAGGGGCUGAUGGACAGAGAUGAUCUCUUGAAAUAUUCCCAGGAGCUAACACUGGACUCAAACACAGCAAACAGAUAUUUGUCUGUCACAGGAAACAGAGCAGUAAAGAAGGACACAGAACAAUUUAAAGACGACUCUGAACGGUUUGAUGGAAGCUUCCAAGUGCUGAGUAAAGACUCUCUGAAUCGAUGUUCUUACUGGGAGGUGGAGAGCUCUGGUAGAUUCACAGUGGCUGUUGCUUACAAAGAUAUCAGGGAAACAGGCCGACUAAGUGACUACACAUUUGGGCUAAAUGAAACCUCCUGGGCUCUGGAGUGCUGCAAACUCAUGUAUGUAUUCAGACAUAACAAAACUCUGACUCUGAUCUCGGCUCCUUGUUCAUCUACAAUAAGAGUGUUCCUGGAUUAUGGAGCAGGUAUUCUGUCCUUCUACAGCGUCUCUGAAUCCACGACUCUCCGCCCUAAUAACCGUUUCAGCGUCUCUGAAUCCAGGACUCUCCUCCACAGAGUCCAGACCAGAUUCACUCAGCCGCUGCUGGCUGGGAUACGACUGUAUGAAACUGGAGGCUCAGCUGAGUUCAGUCAACUCAGACGGGUCAGAAAGUGUCCUAAGUUUUAAUGUGAGAAAGAAGAGCCUGAUACCUGCAGGGAAACGAUAUUCUACUGUGCAGCAGCUCAGAGAAGAAAUGUGUAAAGUUUUGAUAUAUUACUGUCAAAGUUUGAAUUACUUGUAUUUUUUAUAAAUGUUCCUCUGUUUUCUGGUUUACUAGACUGUUGAUGUUAGAAUUACUAAGCAUUAAAACCUCCAGAUUGGCCUCAGUCUAGUUUUUAUGUGUAAUGGAAUGUAAGAUAAUGUAUAUCAGAGCAUUUUAUAGGACAGAGGCUGAACUGAACUAGUUGUAUGUAAAGUAUUUUAACUCUAUAUUGUAACCUCAUGUCUUCUCUCCAUUAAAGCAGUCUGUGUUUCUAUGAAUGACGUUUGCUUCUUUUAUUGUCACCUCGAAAUGUGUAUUUACUAAGUUUGUUUGUCAACAUCUGAUUUAAAGCUAUGAUUGAGUUCAAAAUUACAUUUUCC